UGACAAAACUGAAUUAGUCAUGUACCUACGACUGAGUGAUCAGCUAGACAGAGUUGGUUAUCUUUGAUAUAAAAUAUUUCCAUUUGGUGUAUGAACAUGAUUGUAAAAUACAUAAAUAAUGACGACUUUUCAUGAUGAAAUAGAAAUUGAGGACUUCGAUUAUGAGGAGGAUGAAAAUAUGUAUUACUAUCCCUGUCCCUGUGGUGAUAGGUUUCAAAUAAGCAAGGAGGAGCUGCUAGAUGGUGAAGAACUUGCAACCUGUCCAAGCUGUUCACUGGUGGUUAGGGUUAUCUAUGAUGUUGAAAAGCUAAAGGCAGAAAAUGAAGAAAAACACAAGGCCGAUAGUAACAGAGAAGCUGUGAGGGCUUAACAUCACUAGCAGAUAUAAAGAUGUGUACUGGUGGUUCCCUGGGACAGAGUGUAGGCUGGCAGUAUGGCGAUGGGCCGUUGACAGUACAUUUUUUUAUGUACUUACAAUUGGUUGUACAUAACAAUUCAUGUGUAAUAUUUGCAUACACACUAAUAUGAAGGUGUAAAUAAAAUAUCAUAAAGAGGC